AUGAAUUGUUACGAGUAUUUCAUUUCGUGUGAAAUAUUCCGAGAGAUCUUAGAAUGUGUUCAGUAUUUGCAUGAAUCGAAUCCACAGAUCAUUCACAGAGACCUCAAACCCGACAAUAUAUUGAUUGAUAGGAACGGACGAAACGUUCACGACAAAAGUAUUCACUUGAUGACAACUAAUAAACACACAUCAGGUGUGGGAACCCUGGGAUAUAUCGCACAGGAGGUUCUCAGUGAUCCCAAACUUAUUCGUUAAAAAAUCCUGAUUUAAAUGAACCAGUAUAUAAUUUACAAACUAUUUUACUAUCAAUGGUGGCGUACCCUCAAUGGCAUCGUAGGCCGAACUGUAGAGAAGUGUUGGCCAAAUAUAACGAUUGGUCUAUCGAUAAGAAUAUUCCCA